AUGGCGUCGCGUAGAUACCUCAAAAAUCUCCCGCAUGUGUUACCCAGGCUGAAAACUUGCGCUGCUCGCUCAAUAUCAGCCAUUCCGAAAUAUCCGAUUUCGGCGACCCGAAAGUCGUCGACUCAAGCAGUGCCGAUACCAGGCCGAUAUUCACAGCCAUCUCUCGAAGAUCCGCUUACAUUACCAACAACUGCACGUUAUGUAUUUGAUCGGAAGAUACAAUCUGAGGAGGAGGAAAUCCCCGGUUAUGAAGCCUCGCGGUUCUAUCCGGUCGAGAUUGGAGAAGUUUUCCGGGGUCGGUAUCAAGCAGUGACGAAGCUCGGCUAUGGGAGCUCAUCAACAAUAUGGCUCGCCAGAGACUUGCGAGACAGAAAAUAUGUCGCCCUCAAGAUCUACGUUCAUACUUCCCGCAAUCACCGAGAAAUUCCCGUAUACGAAACAUUAUCGCCAAUUCUAGGCAAGACCAAACACCCUGGAAGUAGAAACAUCAGAAUGCUUUUAGGAUCGUUCGAAAUGAGUGGUCCUGAUGGUCGUCAUAAAGUGUUGGUGCAUGAGGGCGCACAAAUGAGUCUACGUCACUACAAGGAAGUUUUUCGACAAGACGGACUCGACGAGGAUUUCGUGAGAAGGACAGUAAAGGAGCUAUUGCAAGCUCUUGACUUUAUUCACACGGAGGCAGAGUUAGUACAUACAGACAUUCAUCCCGGGAACCUCUUGCUAGGCGUAGAUGACGAUUCACAGCUCGAAUUUUUGGCUUCCAUGGCCUUCAAAUCACCUGUCGCUCGGGAACAAGCCUCGGAAUGUCGAACAAUAUACCUCUCACGACUCAUGCGCCCAAGGCCAGGUUCAAUCCUCUUAUCAGACUUUGGUGAGGCGAGGGUCGGUCUUGGACCUCAUGCGGACGAUAUCAUGCCCAUCCCAUACCGUGCACCUGAAGUCAUCAUGAGCAUGCCAUGGAACCAGUCUGUAGACAUCUGGAGCGUUGGCCUGACUACCUGGGAUCUUCUCGGUACAGAUCGGCUGUUCACGGCGAUGGAUGGAGACGGAGAAAUGUACGAUGCAGCGCAUCUAGCCGAACUCAUAGCGGCGCUGGGUCCACCACCUCGGGAAUUUUUAAAGAGGAACCCUCGGAGGGCAGCCGACUUUUGGGACGAGCAAGGUAAAUGGAAAGGACUUGCACCUAUUCCCAAGAAUCGCUCCCUGCAAGAGCUUGAGAGGAAGCUCCGGGACAGCUCGGCUUUCAUCGCGUUUCUGCGACGCGUAUUGACGUGGAUGCCAGAGAAUAGGCCUACUGCGAAGGCACUACUACAGGAUCCGUGGUUAAUGACUAAGAGCAGUGCCAGUGCGAAAGUUGAGUCGAUGGAUGCCGAGGGGCAGUAA